AUGUAUCCACUACGCGACAACUACUGUCUUCAAUUGGUGCAUGAUUCGAGUCAAUGUCUCAAUAUCGAACUUCAUCAUCAUGGAAUAUUGACACGAAUCGUGUCAUUGAAUAACUAUCAAUGUUCAACGUUGACACAUAGUCUUUGUGAGACAAUCGAUGAAUUCGAUGUGUUGAUCAUUGAUUUACUCGAAACAUCAAUAUCGAAUAUUAGUGUAACAGUGGAUGAAAAUCUUGAAAUAUCGUUUCCAGUACGUUUCGGUAGUCGUAACUAUGAAAAAUUAUGGUCGUUUAGAAUUGAAUUAAGACUCGUAACAAAUACAACAGACGAAAUCUCACUCGAUCCAUCCGAUUGGAAUGAUCUACGAUUGCUAGGACAUAAAAUUAUGGACAACAUGAUCGAUUACAUGCGCGACGUUCGUCUCCGGCCAACGUGGCGCCCAUUACCAUUAACAAUCAAGCAAAGUAUUCUGAAUGGUGAUCUUCCACUGCAAGGUCAAUCACCGUGGCAAGUCUAG